AUGACAUCUCACAGUUCUGCAUGGGAAGCUGCUAACGAUGCAACGAAGAGGGUUGAAACCCUUAAGCUCGAGCGUUCGAAGAACCAACAAGAAUAUGAAGAGUAUGUGAAAGGUAGUGUGUUGUUAGAGUACCUUCCUCACCAAUCAAUUGAAGAUUAUCAGUCCAUCGGGUUUGACUUCCCUGAUGAAAAUGUUAUGUAUUUGAAAGCUAUAGAUUGUGAUGAGUCGUUGCCAGUAGAAGGACAAGAACCUGGAACCCGGUGGGGAUUAGUUUUUUAUGGAGCUUCUAAUGCUUGUGGUCAUGGGGUUGGUGCAAUCAUCAUAACUCGACAAGGUUCGCAUAUUCCUUUCACUACAAGAAUAUGCUUUGAUUGUACGAAUAAUGUUGUUGAAUAUGAAGCUUGUAUUCUUGGCCUUGAGGAAGCCAUUGAUCUUAGAAUCAAGAACCUUGAUGUCUAUGGAAAUUCAACAUUAGUGAUUAUUCAAAUCAAAGGUGAAUGGGAGACUCGUCACCUUAGUUUGAUCCCUAGUAAAGAUUAUGCUAGAAGAUUGUUGUCCUUCUUCAAGAAAAAUGAGUUCUACCACAUCCCUCGAGAUGAGACUCAGAUAGCAGAUGCCCUAGCCAUAUUCUCUUUUUGUAUAGGUUGA